AUGGCGCGAUGCCCCGUUCGGGCCGGCGCGAAGAGCGCCGCUCGCAGAGCCGAGGACGGGACGGAGCGGCUGAGCGGCUCCUUCGCUGCACCACUGCCCUGCCUGGACGAUUUGCGAGGCCUCGCGGCCCUGGCCUGGCUCUCCCAGCGCUGGGAGGCCUUGCUCGCCUGGUGGCAGCAGGCGGAUGGGGCAAAAGGAAAGCCUGUCUUGCGUCGGGGCUCAAUCCAUUUCUGCCAGGACUCGCGCCCUCCCGGUGAGGUGUUGGAGCUGGUGUACGUGGGAGGCGCUAUGUUACGUGAGAGCUGCGAGCUGAACUCGGCAGAAGUGGCCGUGGUCCACUGCGGUGAGAGGGUGCUCCUCUUGCAAGAGGUUGGGAGGCGGGCAAGGGUUCGCACCGUGGAUGGCUUCAUUGGUUGGAUUUCGCUGUAUACUGCCGACAAUGUGCCCAUCGCGCGCAAAGUUUCACGCGAUGUCCAGCAUAGUUUCAAGGACAGGGGCAGAGCCUCUUUCCGAGAAGAGUUUGAGCAGAAGUGGCGGAGGCUUCGUGUGGAUCCCGGCCCUCCCGAGGGGCGAAUCCAUGCUCUCCGACAGAGUGCCGGAAGAGUGCCCAUCAGCGAGUGGCGGCCAUCAGGCAUGCCCGGUGCGCCGAGCCCGCAGCGCACGCCACCGGUGCCACGGCUCUCUCCGCCGAGCAGCACGCCACAGAAGGACAACACCCCCGCAGCUGCAUCCAGCUGCGGAGGUGCCACAGUCGUGGUCCGCCCCAUGGAGGAUCUGCUGGACCUGAGUGAGGAGAAGGAGCCACCCAGUUCGCAGCGCAGCCGCGUCCCGGACCUCGCAGAAGUCUUGUCGGCAGCCGCAGGUUCCAGUCCUCCGACGUACCGCGAGCUGUGUGCCGAUGGAGACGGCGAUGCGACAGCAAGCAGCGGCAUCCCCGAAGCGCCACCGUCGCGGGAGCGAUUCGUUUGUGCAGGGCCGAUAUCUUUUUUGGUCAUUACCACACCCAGGCUUUCAAAAGCAAUGUCGGAGAGGGCAGCUUCGUACAGUGUGACAGUGGGAUGUAGUAGGGCAGCAAGCCAAGGGCCAUCCACAGCAAGAACAGCCGCAGUGAUGUCUUCAUCCUCAAGAGCUGCAGCGCCAAAACAAGCGCUGAACUGGAAGUUUCACGCACAGUUCCCUCGAAGUGGACAUCCUGGCUGCAAUCGAUGUGGCACUUCUUCAUACUCCAAAACUUUCAGGUCAAGUUGGACUAGCACAAGAGCAAUAAGUCAUGCAUGGUGUGGGUGUGUGUGUGUGUGUAUGCAUGUUUGUUCGCAAAUGGGUUACUGUUUGCUAUUCAUCUGUUCGUUUUGA